AUGUCCAACCCCUCAUCUCGCCCACCUCCUCCCCCUCGACCCUCUGAUCUCGUCCGUGGCCACCUAUUCAACGACUACAACGCGCCCAGUACCAUCCGUGAGAAAGUCGACCGCUCGCUCAGGAGAGUGACAUACGACCGACGAGACCAGCACGAGCUGGUGGGCUUCUUCUACGCCAAGGAGCAGAUCACGGAUAAGAUAUAUGAGCUCAAUGAGCGGCGCGACAAGUCGACCAUCUCAAGGGGGGAGUACGACAAGAGGGUGAAGGACGCGAAGCGCCGUCAGAUCGUGGUGCAGAAGGAGAUCGAGCGUCGCACGGCGACUCGGCGAUCCCCUCCCCCUCCCCGCACGCGUGCGCCUCGUUCUCGGUCUCGUUCUCGCUCUCGGCGUCGUUCUCGUUCGCCUCGUCAUUCGCCGCCCCCGCACCGACACGUCAUCAUCGACAGGCACCGACACGUCACGAUCGACGGAGGUCUCGUGAUCGUCAGUCGCGGUGCCACGGUGGUGUUCAGCUCAAGCCUGCUGCUGUUGUCCGAGCAGAGGCAGCGGUGCGUGUGCAGACGACCGAGGCUGCCGAGCCGUCGCAACUGUCUGAGACCCAGCAGCCCCCCACACACCCGCAGGCGACCACACCACCGCCGCAGACGGCCACACCACAGCCCCCAUCCGCCACGCCCGAGCAUCAACACACACACGACCCCAACACUGAAGAGGUCGACGACCACGAGGACGAGGAGCAACAGAGAGACUCUGAGGAGCGACACGACGACGACGAGGAGCAACAGGGAGAGUCUGAGGAGCGACACCACGACAACGAGGAGCAACAGAGAGACUCUGAGGACCAGGAAGGCUCUGAGGAGCGAGAGCAGGGGAACGAGCAGGAGCAGCAGGACGAUCCCACACCCCCCCACCCCGCUCCCUCUCUGCACCCUGGUGUCCAUCCCGUGGAUCUACCGUCCCCGGAGCAGCUGAAGCCUUUCGUGCACUCGGUGGACCAGCUGUUCUUCACCGGCAUCUGGCUUUGCAACAACUGCACUCAUCGGUCGGUACGAGGCGGGGCGGUUCAGCAGGGCGGAGAAGC